AUGACUAAAAGUCAAGUAAAACCUGCAAAUAUACUUCUCACUCUCAAAGAAAAAGAUGAGUGUAAUGUUACAACUCUAAAGCAAGUGUAUAAUGCAAGAUAUAGGUACAAACGUUCAAUAAGAGGUUCAAGAACUGAGUUACAACAGUUAAUGUUGAUGUUGGAACGUGAUCACUACAUCCAUUUUAGUAGAUGUCUUGAUGAAUCUGAUGUGGUUAGCGAUUUGUUUUGGACCCAUCCUGAUGAUGUGAAGUUGUUAAAUUCAUUCAAUAUUGUGUUCUUAAUGGAUAAUACUUACAAAACCAACAAAUAUUGGUUGCCAUUGCUUGAGAUUGUUGGUGUGACCUCAACAGGAUUAACUUUCUCAGCCGCGUUUGCAUUUUUAUCUAGUGAAAAGCAAAAUAAUUUCAUUUGGGCUCUUGAAAGACUAAGAGGCAAAGUGCAUAAUGUUAGUAAAUGUGUUGAUGCAUGGGAUGUUGUACUGCAAGCCUGGGAGAAUGUCAUGGACUGUGAAGAUGAAUUAAAGUUUAACGAUUGUGUUAAUCGUCUUGAGCUUGUUUGCCAGUCAUGGCCUGUAUUCUUUGAAUAUGUUAAUGACUCGUGGAUCAUUCCUUACAAGAAAUUCUUUGUGAAGGCAUGGACGAACAAAGUUAUACAUUUUGGGAAUACAACAUCAAACAUAGUUGAGUCUGCUCACUGGAGUCUGAAGAAAGUUCUUAGAAGUAGUAUGGGAGACCUUUGUUCGUGUUGGGAUGGAAUUCACAACGUUAUUAUCUUGCAACAUAACGAAAUUAAGGCGUCUUUUGAAAGAAGUAUAAAUCUGAUUAGUGACUCUUACAAGGCAUUGAGUUAUAGAAGAUUAGUGGGAAGUAUUUCUAGAUGUGCCUUAGAACUCCUUGCUCCAGAGUUGGAAAGAGUAAAGAAGAUUGGAUUCGAUACUAGUCAUUGUGGCUGCAUUCUCAGACAAACUUAUGGUCUACCAUGUGCGUGUGAAUUAGCACGAUAUGAUCCUGGGAUGAUUCCUCUCCAAGAAAUUCAUGUCAUGUGGACUAGAUGCAUUGCUGCAUUGUUGGGUAUGGGUGAGGAGUCGUGGCCUCUAAUCAGACAUGAUCUAUACAAAGAACUUAGUCAAUGGCGAGAUGAAUAUGCAACAUUAGUUGGAGGCUAUGAUCGUCUGGAAGAACUGAGAAAGUCUUUGCUAGUUCGUCUACAAGAAGGUUGUCCAUUACCGACAGUGGAUAUCAUAUCAUCUAGCAAUUGUUACCCAAAGGCAAAAGGGUGGGCAUCAUUUUAUAGAGAUAGGAUGCAAGCAUUCCUAGAUUUACACGUAGUGGAUCGUAGUUAUGUAGAUCUCAUGGAAGACUGA